AUGCGAGCUUCGUUUUUAACUUUCACGGCAGCGGCUGGCGCGGCGGCGCUACACAUUGCCGACAACCAGACUCACAUCACACUCGCCAAUGAUCGCCUCGCGGUUGUUCUACAGAAGAGCGUUGGCCAAAUUGUCGAUCUGACAUUAGACGGUAAAGACUUGUUGGGCCCUCAGUCAGGAUCCACGGGUAUUGGGCCAUAUCUUGACUGUUAUUGCAUUCCUUCCGGCUUCUACACACCCGGAGCAACAACACCGAACGUCGAGAUUGUCGAGGGCACGGAUUCGACUGGGACCACAUAUGGAGGCUUGAUAUUGAGUGAUACGUACACUCCAACGGGCCAGAAGUUUCAACAGUACUGGUUUCUGCGCGAUGGCGAGACGGGGUUGCAUAUGUUCAGUCGAUUGGCCUACCAUAAUGAAACCACACCUUACCUACGCAACCUACAGGAGUUUAGGACUCUCUUUCGGCCAAACACUGAUCUCUGGACACAUCUGACGUCAAGCGAUAUUCAAACCGCACCACUGCCCAGUAAAAAUGCCAUCUCGAAACAGGUCGUUGUCCAAGACGCCACAUGGUCAUUCAACAACACGCCGGACGACGGUUAUUACACCAGCUUCUCUGAGUAUUUUACCAAGUACACAUUUUCAAAUCAAUGGCGAAACAAUAGUGUACAUGGUCUCUAUGCUGACGGCAGCACCUCAAAGGGCACAACGUACGGAGCAUGGCUGGUGAUGAAUACCAAGGACACCUAUUACGGUGGCCCACUGCAUUCCGACUUAACAGUAGACGGAAUCGUCUAUAAUUACCUCGUAUCAAACCAUCAUGGAGAAGGAACACCGAACAUCACACAUGGAUUCGAUCGAACCUUUGGUCCGCAAUUCUAUUUCUUCAAUGGUGGGAAGGGAUCGACAUCCCUUCAGGAGCUACGGUCUGAAGCAGAAAGUUUAGCAAACCCACAUUGGAACACCGCUUUCUAUGACUCCAUUGCCAAGCAUGUGGUCGGAUAUGCUCCCUCGAUCCAGCGAGGCAGUGUCAAGGGAACUGUACAGCUCCCAAGGGGUGCCAUGCACGCAGUAGCAAUACUCACCGUCCACGGGCAGUACUUCCAAGAUAAUAGUGUGGUUCCAAGCUCCUACCAGUACUGGACUGAUAUCGAUCAUGAUGGAAGCUUCAGCAUUGAUCAUGUCCGGGAAGGAAAGUACCGACUUACUGUCUAUGCAGAUGGAAUUUUUGGAGAUUUCGUUCGCGACGGAGUCAUCGUUCGUGCAGGAAAGCGGACCGCAGUGCAUGAGACUUGGAUCCAAGAGUCUGCAGGGACUGAAGUCUGGCGCAUUGGGGUACCUGAUAAGUCCUCUGGUGAAUUCCGACAUGGCAAUGCCAAAGACUUGACCCAUCCGCUCCACCCUCCCGAAUAUCUCAUAUAUUGGGGGGCAUAUGACUGGCGUGCUGAUUUUCCCAAUGGUAUCAACUACACCAUUGGCGCUAGCGAUCCAGCCACCGACCUGAACACUGCCCACUGGUCGGUGUUUGGUCCAACGGCAAAGGACUCCUACGUCGAACACGAGACAACGUAUGACUGGAAUAUCCAUUUCAAACUCAGCCCAAAACAAUUGCGAGAGCGGAAAACAGCAACAUUGACUUUACAGCUGGCGGCAGCAAAAACCGCGGCAGGAAACACGGACGCGUGGAAUCCCGCUGAGCCAUACAACGAUUUAUCACUGGAAAGCUACAUCAACGAUCAUCCAGAUCCCCUCACAUUCAUCAUUGGGUUCAAUCAAUCAAGCAGCUGUAUUGUGCGAUCUGCCGUCAGCUGCUACCAGGUCAGGACAAGAUUGGGGUUCCCUGCAAAUUGGCUACACGCCGGAGACAACACACUGCGACUGCACCUUCCUUUCAACGCGACGGAUACUGAGACUGCCAUUCUUCCGGCAACUGUUUAUGUACAAUACGACGCGAUCCGGCUAGAGCUGCAGUAA